AUGGAGUGGAGCUCUGUUAGUGAUGUUGUCACAUUCUUCCUCUCUGGAAACGGUAUUGCCAUUCUGGUGACUUGUCUGGUCGCUUUCUUGCUGCCAAUCUGCAUCCACCUAGCACUCUACCGCGCUGCUUCGGCGGAGACUCACAAUGACUUCUUACUCCUGGGCCCCAGUGGUGUAGGGAAAACAGCGCUUUGCGCUCUACUUGAGCGUAAACCCAGACCUGGCUCGGCAGCCAGCCCGCAGACACACACUUCUCAGACCUCUUCCUUUAUAUCUGCAGUGCUUCCUGCAUCGAUUCCAAUUGGCUCAAACGCCUACCGAUCUGUCAACGACCCGACUUUAGCGGAUCGCAAGCAUACGUUAGUUAAAUACCGAGUCCGUGACACACCCGGCCAUGGAAAACUACGUGACUCCGAGGGCUUCGCACUACUGCGUUCUAUGACCGAUGUUAGAGCCAAAAGUGGCGCUACUCGUGGUCUUAUCUUUAUGGUGGACGCUGCAGCAGUCUUGGACGAGGCCGAAUUGAGGGAUACGGCGGGCUAUCUACACGAUAUACUUCUGUUCUUACAAAAAAGGCAUAUGAGUAACCGAACCACUGUCUUCAAGAAAGCUCCCAAUAUUCCUGUACUCGUGGCGGCCAACAAACAGGAUCUCUUCACGUCGUUACCCGUCACGUCUGUGAAGGAAAGGUUAGAGAGUGAAAUUGAAAAGAUUCGCCAGUCGAAACGAAAGGGCGUUCUUCAUGCAGAUGUACAAGCCGGCGACGAUGAGCAAGAAAUUCUAGGAGGCGAUGAAGGACAAGAGAUUUUCACUUUCAAAAUGCUAGAGGAAGAAGCGGGUGUGGGUGUCACGGUAAUUGGAGGGUCGGUGAAAUGCAAAGAUGCAGCUGACACCAAAGCUGGCAUUUCACAAUGGGAAGAAUGGGUUGGGUCUUGCCUAUGA